CUUGGUCUCGGUCUGGACGUAGGCUCUGCCGGCGGCGGACUCCUUGACAGGGAGAUGGUGGUUCAAGACUUCAGGAAUGAGCUUGAGGGCCACCAUCAAGAUGUUGUGAAAGACCUCGGGGUUUUUGAUACUGUAGCGUUGUGGGUUCUCCUCAUCCUCCUCGUUCAGGUGGGCAGCGCAGCGAAAGGCAAUCACUGUCUGCUUAGCAGCCUUGAGCGACUUGGUCUCGUUGAGCGCCUUCUCCCACUUGGCAACCAUGGCCUUGGUCAACUCAUGGGCGGAAUCGUCAACCUCCUCUUCUUCUUGUGCCUUCUUGCCCUUCUUUUGCUUCUUCUUCGGUUGCUCGUCUUCCUCGUCGCUGCCGCUAAGCUCGUCGACCUCGUCGAGUGAUGCGUUUUCGUCAAAGUCGAGAGCCUCUGGGUCGUUCUCCUUCAAGAACUUAUAGAAUUCGGGAUCCUUCUCGGCGAGAGCGGCCAUGGCGUUCUUGGACAUGCCAAGAUCCUCCUCAUCCUCCUCAUCGCUGAAGCCAGCCUCGCUAUCGGUAACCACAUCCUCCUCGUUGUCGGAAACAUCGAUAUCGCUGCCGUCGCUCUGAUCAGAAGUCUCCUCGCGGGCAUUGGCCUCCCCGCGCUUCCGCUUUCCAAGAGCGGCAGUCUUGCCAUUCUCCGUUGGCGCACCCUUGUCGAGGAUCUCGAAACCGCCCUUAAAGAAAUCGUCGACGCUCAUCUCGGUUCCCUGCGUACCGGGCUUCUUGUUUGCUGGUCUCUUGACGGUGCCAUCGGCUCCCUUGAAGAACUCAUCGUCCUUUGCGCGCUUGGCCUGCUUCUUCUCCUUGAUCUGCUGCUUCUGUUUGAUCUUGGCGACCGCUUUUCUUCUUUCGAGAACACCACUGAGAUGUUUUUGUUCGAAUUUCUUCGUCGCCUUUGCGUUCUUCUUAGAGGCACCCAUCGUGGCGAGUUAUGGUGAUGGAAAAAGUCGGCAAUUGGUGUGGCUUUGCCGAACAGCCCCUUCAACAAUUUGCUGGCUCAGAAGUCGCAUGUCUCCAAACUUUUUUUGAUGUUCCUGUCCGGGGUGCUUAUCGGAUUUCUUAUCAGGCGGGGCGCUAAGCUUGGAAUGUCACUAGCGCGGGAGCGGUGACUGGGAUUCUGCCACCUUUGUUGCCCCCUUAUCGGACGAUAACAACUUCCCCCAACGUCGUCAGCAUCCAUCCCCCUUCCAAGCUGUACUUGUGUGCCGCGAUGCGCUUGCGCAACUGCAGCGCGAGGCCUUCACCAUGCUAAACAGGCAACCAUAUGCGCCGACACCGCACAGCUACGUGCCAAACUCUACGCUCUCGGCGACUAUAAAUCUCGAUGAGGAAGUGAAACUAGCCGACACCCGCGCUGAGCGUGACCUUCAAGACUCCCUCGCCGAAAUCUUCAGCAUCAUAGUCACCCUCGACGAGCUCGAAAGGGCCUUCCUCAAGGACGCCAUCCCCGAAGCAGACUACACCGAAAUAUGCGAGCGCUCUCUCAAACAAUACAAGUCCCUGGUCGCCGAUGAAGCAGUCGCCCGCGCCUUUGUCGGACUGGAGGAAUUCAAAGCAGAAUGGGAUCUUGAAGUGCCCCGCGCCACAGAGCGCAUUCGCGUGGGGAUGCCCUCCACAACAGUGGACGCAUCUGCUGGACACCACGGAGGCGGCAGCGGUGGUGGAGGAAAUGGUUCCAAAUCUGAAAACUCGGGUGGUAAAAACCCUAGUGGACAGCUCAUUCUGGAGGCGACGCAGGACUUCAUCACGUUUUUGGAUGCGUUGAAGCUGGGCUUGCUGGCAAAGGACCAGUUGCAUCCUCUGCUGACGGAUGUGAUUCAGUCUGCGAACAAGGUGACGGAUAGGGACUUUGAAAACAGAGGCAAGAUUGUCCAGUGGCUGAUUACGCUCAACCAGAUGAAGGCUACGGAAGAGCUGAGCGAGGACCAGGCGAGGGAGUUGGAGCUGGACAUCAACUCUGCGUAUCAGGGUUUCAAGGCUACCCUCUAA